CGACAAGAAAACUUAUCUGGCUUCUCGGUUUCUCUUUUACGCCUCUUUAACGAGUCUCCACUCAUCACUCUCUACUCUCAAUUUUCUCCUUCUCUUCUCUGUCUGAGCAAGGCAAACAAAAAUGGUUAUUACCCGAAACAUGAAGGCCAGAGCCACCUCAGUCUCUCACCGCCAAUCACAGCAAGAUCCUGAGUCGCCGGUGAAGAAGUUCUUCAAGUUGGUCUUACCUUCAACGAUGAAGGAUAAGAUGAUGAGGAUUCCGCCAAGAUUCGUAAAGCUACAAGGGUCUAAACUCUCAGAGGUUGUUACAUUAGUGACUCCUGCGGGAUAUAAGCGUUCCAUAAAGCUUAAACGGAUCGGUGAAGAGAUUUGGUUCCAUGAGGGUUGGAGUGAGUUUGCAGAGGCUCAUUCCAUCGAGGAAGGCCACUUUCUCUUGUUCGAAUACAAGAAGAAUUCGAGUUUCCGUGUAAUAAUCUUCAAUGCUUCGGCUUGCGAGACCAACUAUCCUCUGGAUGCAGUUCAUAUCAUCGACAGCGACGAUGAUGUAAUUGAAAUUACAGGCAAAGAGUUUGAUACAGAGCACAAAUCCAAGAAGAGACCAAGAGACAUCGAGUUUGACAAGAUUCUACACGAUGUUGAUGUGAUGCAAGUGCUUAAAGAAGAAGAAGAAGACAAGAGAGUCCUCAGGGGAUAACAGAGCUUUUAACAGAACCGAGACCUGCAAGUUUAUUUGUUGUGUAAUGUUAAUUAAUGACUUGAUGAAACUAAAUGAGUAGUGUUUUGAAUCCUGACCUGUAACAAGCUAUGUUAAACAAAAGAGUAACCAGCUCGUGUUUUGAUUCUUCUUUCUUUCAUCUCCUUCCUCAGCUUCUCUACCUUUUGAUAAAGCGACAUAAUCUUCGCACUCAGAAC